GCUUAUUGGCCAGCGCGGGAUUCCGCUCUCCAGCGGCAACCUAAAGCUGUGUCAGAACAAGCCCGGCAGCCCAGGAGCCAUGGCGUCUUAUUUUGAUGAGCACGACUGCGAGCCGUUAAACCCUGAGCGUGAGGCCCGCAACAAUAUGUUGCUGGAACUCGCGAGAAGAGUCCGCGGGGCUUGGAGCUGGGCCCCGGGCAGCAGAUCACUCUUUAAUAGGAUGGACUUUGAGGACCUGGGCUUGGUAGAUUGGGAGCACCACCUUCCCCCACCAGCCGCCAAGGCUGUGGUGGAGAACCUCCCCAGAACAGUCAUCAGUAGCUCCAAGGCUGAUCUCAAGUGUCCCGUGUGUCUUUUGGAAUUUGAGGAGGAGGAGACUGUCAUUGAGCUGCCCUGCCACCAUCUCUUCCAUUCCAGCUGCAUUCUGCCCUGGCUAAGUAAGACAAAUUCCUGCCCUUUGUGCCGCCAUGAGCUGCCCACCGAUGACGAGAGUUAUGAAGAGCACAAGAAAGACAAGGUAGGAGCUGCAGCACCGCCUGGAGAACCUCCAUGGAGCCAUGUAUACAUGAGGCAGCAGCCAGGGCAGAGUGUUCAGCCUCUGUUGAUACCUUCCCUUUGCACUUUGAGUCAUUAAAGGUUUCUUACCCACCCUGCAGCUGCACUGCUCACCAGCUGAAGCAAGGGCUCUGUCCGAAUCCUCCACCCUGCUGCUAGCCAGAAAGAUGUCAGAGGUGUCCAAGGUCAGAAGGUGCCAGGCUGCAUUUCCCUCUGCCAGCCUCUAGACUGGGUGGUGGGGCCCUGGAGCAACCAGGGCUUGCUUGUCUGAGUGUUCUUUUAGAAGUCAAACUGUGUCAGAGCCUGGCACUUUGUAGCUAUUUAAAACUGAUAAAUUAACUUGUACCACCCCCUACCGGAAAUCUCUAGUUAACCUUGGAACCUUUAGUUAACAUUGGAAUCCUGGGGGUGUUCUUUAUUUCCACAGAGAAAACUUUUAACAUUGUAAAAGUUGCUCUCUGUAUCCCACCCCUUAUAGGCCCCCUUAUCAAGGAAUCAAAGUCCAAGCCAGACUGAGUAGGGAAAGAAGUGAGACUAUAAAGCCAAGCCAGCUCUUUAGCUGUUUAUAGACUCUUCAAGGGGACAAGCUCUUGUGGAAGUUUUGAAAGUGGGUUUCAUUAUGUGACCUUAGCAGGCUUGGAACCCACUAUAUAGACCAGGCUGGCCUUGAAUUUAGGAGAUCCUUCUGGCUCCAUACCACCUUCCCAGUGCUCAGAUUACUGGUAUGUACACACCCUUAUGAUGUAUUUGAAUGGCAUCUGUUAGUUUCUGGCAACCUCAAGAGUUUUUCCUGGAGGAAAGGGCUUUUUUCCAUCCCUACCUACUGGAUCAGACCCUCCCUGAUUCUCCGGAACAGACUGCAAACAUGCAAAUUAGAAUUCUUUUAAUAGAUAUAAAAAAGUACUAAAAUA